AUGUUGGACAGUAUGACUAACAUUGAAUCCAUAGGCCAGAGACCAAAGAUAUGGUCAUUGGCCCAAACGGCCACAUCUCACAGUCCACCAUAUAAUGAGCGCAAAGUGGGUGCGCUCACCCCCACUGACUGGGCACCGACAUUGCCUCCGGGACCGGAUGCGCCCAUUGCUCCCCUUUCGCUAUCUGAUUAUCAGAGAGAUUGUCCGCAGGGAUCGAGAUUCACGACAACUAAUUUGCGCAAAUGUGGACAGACGUGGCCCGAAGACCACUACAUCACUAACUUAAGCACCGCUCGUUCCGCUGCCAUUCAACUCUUCAGCUCCGACCCCAUCGGUCCUCAUAAUUAUUUCAAUAGUCAACCAAAGACAGGCAUCAGUGGUCCUAUUCCUGGUAAUGGUGGUCAUCACCCACACCUCCAAUUGCCGACACCUGUCCCUCAUUUAGUGCACACUAACGCCGACCCCUUUAACAACCCAUAUAAUGGCAUUCGUCCGGUCAUUGAUUCACAAUUAUCUCAUAAUAGUAUGACUGAUAUUAAUGAAAAUCGUUUGUCUAACGGAUCCAUUUCCAAAUCAAAUACAUUCCUCUGUAAAGUGUUUCCUGAAUACAUAUCUUCAGGACCCGAUGCCCUCUCCCUAAACGAUAAUAACAGUGAGAGGGGCGGCUCGACGCUCAGCAUUGAGGACUCGUCUCUGUCGUCCUCCUCGUCACCAAAUCUUGACUCACAAAAUCUCAACUCAAGACAUAUUAAUGGAUCAAAUUCUUUAGGCUUUUCAGUCUUCAGACCGAUGUUGAAGAGAUAG